GAUAUUGAAAGGAUGUGCAUUCUAGUUCAUGGGAUAUUGGAAACCCCAAAAAUUUAAAGCAGAAGAGAAGUAAAAGAGAGUUUCUCUUCCUUGUUGGAUACUAGACAUUGGUGUAGUUGUUUCAGUUCUUAGGUUAUUAAAUAGUCUUAGAUUUUGAAUUCAACCUGUCUUUUUCCGUUGAAGCAGACAGCAUAGUGGCUGAAAGUUAAGCAGAAAGGUUUACUCGGUCAUCUUUUAUAUAUGUGGUAAGGUUGAGUUUCAGUGUAUUGAUUUUGGCAGAGGUAUAUUUUUGCUUUCAGAAUUGAUUUUUAUUUUAAUGGUUAAAGUAUAGGGGCUAUGUCUGAUACUUUGUCUGCACACCAAAUUGGUUUUUCUUUAUAUAUUCUAAAAGAAAUUUGAACAAUUUUGGGGGCAAGGGCAAAGGAUCAAUUGCAAGAAUUUAUGGUUAUCAUAUGGUUUUAUAUGAGUUUAAAGGCUGGCCAAAAAAGAAGGGAGGGAUGCAUAAGUGCAUUGCCCUAUGUACCUAAAAAAAAAAAAAUGGAAGGGAGGGAGGGAGGUAAUAUUCAUAAAGCUGACUGAGUUUUUGCUUAAACUAGGUUAUUGAGUGUCAUGUAUUUUGUUUGAUACCAUGUCAACCAUCAGCUCUGAUUUGAAUCUUAGGGCAAGUAGACUUCUGCUAGGUUAAGUAGUAGGGAAGGGCUUUUUGGGUUUUGCGUAAUGUUAGGAUGGGUUAGAAAAGGCUUCCUGCUUUGCAUGCGCCAUCUCAAGGUUGGGUUACUUGAUAGGAAGGGAUGGUAUUUAUUGAUGUGCUUUCUUGGGACAAUGUUGAUUAUUGAGCAAACCAACCUUUUCUCAAAGUGUUUGGUUAUUUUAUUUUGAGUCCUGCCAUUCCCAUGCACUUAUCAAACAUAAAGAAAUAUUUUUGCCUUCAGGUUAUGUCAUUUUAUCAAACUGAGAUCUGUCACAAAUUGAUUAUGAUUUAAUGUUCUAAAGAAUGGUUAUGAAUGCUCUAAAAAGCCUUAAGAUAAUUGUAAUCUUUGAUUCAUAAUGUGAAAGAACUUUCAAUUUUCUAUACUUAGCAGCACUAAUCUGCAAUAUUCAGUAAACUAUCGAGUAUAAGCUGAUUAGCACAGAUGCAGAACAUCCUAAAUGACCUUCGUUUAUUUGUUGUUUCAAUAUUCAUGAUUUGCAAAAGUUUGGGGAUAUGGCAGUGGAGUAAUGAGUAGCAGGGUAACGGUAAUUGUCUAAUCUUUCAAUAUGAUAUUUUCUAAUCUUGUAGCUUUAAAGUUACUAUUGAAGGUUUUUUAAUAAAAGGAUUAAAUUGCU